CUUUAGCAUGAGAGCUAACGAGACAAUGACUAAAGGGCCAAGAGCUUAGACGAGGGCCAUUUCCUCUUUUGGAACAGAGGGUUUGAGAUUACAAUGGCAGGUCACACGGAUCCUGCUGGUGCCGAAGGCGGGGAGAACGGCUGGCCACGAGACGAUGGAUACAGGGACGUUUCGCAAGGUUCAGAGCUUGCACCCGGUAACAGAUCUGUCAACGGAACCAUGCAAACGUCUAAAAACUACCUGCACAGUGAGAGAACACUAGCUGGCUAGCUUGCAGCUGGAAGCGAGUCAAUUUCAUUGAGAGCCUUGUCUAGGCCUCUCUAGUAUCUGUCUGUAUCUGCGGACC